AUGGCGGGAAAGGUGCGGGCAGCGUUUCAGGAGCUGUCGCCGAAACGUGACGGAUUGGUGCCAUGGAGUCGACUGGAAGACUUCUUCCAUAAGCUGGAAGUGGAGCCCAAGGCCAUCAAAGUUUGUGAGUUUCUGGUGGAUGACUAUGGCAUCAUAGACACCAGCAAGCUGUUUGCCUGGCUCUACGACGGCAUGGCCGUGGACUACGAGGAAGGUCUACGUCUGCACUAUGGCGUACCAGCUUCCAGAUGGUGCGUGACCCGUGACGAUUUCGGGCAGUUUUUGGAGGAGGUCAUGCGGAGACACGAGGAUGGAAGGAUCCAAAAUCGUCCCGACCCACGGACCGAGGAGCCAAAUCCCUUCCACGAUGACAUGGACAUUGGGCCCAACAUGCACGCAGUGAAUCUGGAUGUGAUCAAGCCCAGAACGGCCUUGGCUGGGGGGAUGUCCUGGGCCUUGAUGCUGAACCCCAGUGGCCUUCACUCGGACUUCUUCUUCGUGACCCACUCGUGGAAGGAAGGUGUCUACGAGUUCAGUCGCAAGGUGCUAAACCACUGGCAGAACGAGGCGCUGUCCAUGUGGUGUUGCUUCUUAGCGAAUCCGCAGACGUGGCAGCGACAGGACUUGAACCAGCUCUUAGGCGAACGAUUUGAUCUCAUGGACUCUCCCUUCAUGCAGGCCCUGGCUGAUGAACGACUUCAUUCCUUUGUGGUGGUCCCCAACGUCACUGAGAGCCUUUACUGCCGCCUUUGGUGUGUGGCCGAACUUUGGAAGGCCAUGGAGGUUCAAAAGAUGCGGGGCCAACAGAUGAUCCACGUCGCGAAGGAUGCAGUGAAGCACACGCACAAGGCUCGGCCCAGUGAGACCAUUGCCGCCAUGAUCCACGGCGCCAGCUGCUCGGAUGAGAAUGAUGAGAAGCGCAUCCGCGCCUAUAUCUCCGGAAAUGAGAUCCACAUCCAGGACAUGAUCAAAUCUUUGGCGUCGAAGAAGAAAGGACACCGCUGGACAGAUGAUGCCCCCCCGCCGGUACCUAUUGUGCCAGUCGCUAGAGGAGACUGGCACGCUGCAACCGUCAGUAGCUUCACUCCGACAGAACCCGUCACUCUGGUGGCCACUCGAGUUGAAGAACCGAUGGUGAGGGCUCACGAAGUCGAUGACCGGAAGCGACACGAGUCCGCAAUGCGGUCCAGCUUGGAGAAGGAGGAGUGUCGCUUCGUUGCGGAGAUCGGUCAUAGCGAUGAGGAGGAGCGUCGCGAAGCCGUUGAGAUCGACCAGCGUCGCGAGGAGGUAAGACAUGCACUGGAAAAUCGCAUCCGCGAGAUUCGCAAGGAGGUGGAAGUCCGAAGGUUGGAAGAAUCGGAAGUGGAAAAGAUGCUGAUGCUGAAGGUGGAGCGUCUAGAGUUAUCCUUAGAAGACCGUCGCCGCAGCAUCCUGGAACGAACCAGCAGAGAACAUGAACGAGAAGAAGCGCUGUCGAAGUACUUGCGGUUGCUGGAGGAUGCCGAAGUGAAGGACCUGGAGCAUGAGAUUCGUCAGCGGCGACACUCCGCCGUCCUGAAGGAGGAGAAGUUGCAGCAGCAGCUGGCAGGCUUGGCGGCUGAACCCUUGGAUGAGGCUGUUGAGCUUGAGGCAGAGCGUGACAAGAUUGAAGAACGUUUGCAGCAACAGACCAUCUUGAGGCGUCAAUUGGAAAGCCUGGAAAAGACCGAAGGAAAGGACAGUGUUCGAAGGCACCUCGUGGCCAUGAAACAAGCCGAGAUGGUAGAGCUGCACAAAGAGAUUGAGCUGCAUCGCCGUGAAGAUGAAGAAAAAGAGCAACCCAUGCGCCAAAGACUCAAGGAGCUGCAUGAAGAUUGGGAGCAUUUCCGAGCAGAGUCGGAGUCCAAACGUCAAGCGUUUGAAGACCAGGAGGAGCAGAUCCUCUGUGAGAUUGAGACUCUCCAGAGCCAGGAGGCGGAAAGGGAAGAAAGGGAAGAAAGGGAAAGGGACGAAGCAGCACGCCACAAGAAGCGUGCAAGCAAGUCCCGCCACGCGCGUGAACAGCGCCAAGCCGUUCGUGUGGAAGGUGUUGUGCAGGCCAGUCGUGACGAGAGCCACGAGAGCCAGGUGGUCACUCCUGUGAUUUCCCGAUCUUCGUUGCAGGAGGAGCUUUCCAGCCCUCGCAGCGGCCGUGGCUCAUCUCCUUCGGAGGGCGAUGCUACCCCGGUGAUGCUGGUCCCCAUGGUGCAGAGCUUUGGUGUUAGUCUGGAACUCGAAGAAGAAGAGGGCGACGAUGACGACGAUUUGCUGUUCAUCUAGGCGGAAAGCAAGCAAGGAGGUCAUGGUUUUAACCAUGAAAACAUGAUUU